AUGGCUACUCUUACUACUUACCCGGAUGGUACCCCGCGACACGUCGUCCGCGUCGCUGUCUUCAUCCCCGUGGAAUGCCAGCUUCUCGACGCGGCGACCAUCGAUAUCAUCGGUUCCAUGGGCUAUGAAUGGCGAAGGAAGCUCUAUGUAGAAGCGACUAACCCACCACCCCCGUCCCCAGACAUGGACACAUUCCGGCACCUCCUGCCGACGGUCCUCAUCGACCUGGCGCCGCGCGUCGAGAUCCACUACGUCGGCCCCGUGCCCGCGGGGUCCCCGAUCCGCGUGACGGCCAACGAAUCGAUCCUGGCGACGGACCACUACGACGACGCGGCCGUCGCCCCCGGCAACCUCGACAUCGUCCUGGUGCCGGGUCCGGACCCGCUGGCGCGGUACCCGGCCGGCGCGCUGGACUGGCUGCGCAGGCAGGCGCAGACGCCCGGCGUGGAUGUCCUCAGCGUGUGCACGGGCAUCUUCGUCUGCGGCGAGGCCGGCCUCGUCAAGGGCAAGACGGUGUGCGGGCCUAGGCCCAUGCAGGACAUGAUUCGGCAGAGGGGCUUCGGCGAGAGGGAGCUGGUCGGCGAUAGGUACCGCUGGGUGCAGGAUGGGAAUUUUUGGUCUGCUGGCGGCGUAACCAACGGCAACGACCUCGUGGCAGCGUACUGCCGCGCCACGCCGCGACAUUUCCCUCGGUCGACGGCGGAGAUAGCUAUCACGACCAUGGAUCUGGGAGAUCGUGGACGGGAGUAUCCAGUCGAUAUCCCCCUCCAGGACAAGAUCAAUUAUUGGGUGAGGGAGGCAGAGGCUCUUGUCGCUAAGAAAUGA